GUCUCCCCGACACUUUAGCAUCUACCAUGGGCGGCGGCAACGGACAGAAGUCUGCGACCAAGCGCGAGCGCAACAACCUCAAGAAGAUGAAGGACGCCAAGCAGAAAAACCACGCCGAGUCCAAGGCCAAGAUGGAGGCCGACAAGAACGGCAUCAAGUGCAAGAUCUGCAUGACCACGUUCCUCAUCACGGCCAGCAAGUCGCAGCUGAACGACCACUACGAGAGCAAGCACUCGGCCAAGGGCUUCACGAUCGAGCAGUGCUUCCCCGGCAAGGUCUAACCAGUCUCCCAAGCCACCGACAGGUCAUCCCUCCGCAAAUUAUGGCAACACACUAACCAGAGAUUCUGUGAAUCUACGCUCCUAUCACUCCGUACAUACAUUUAUCAGCACAACGCGCAGCUGUUGGAUCCUCUGUAGCGAGACCUCCACACAGUACGGCGAGAAGAGUUAGGUGAAACUUGCCUCUUGUGUGCUGUAGCUCCUUAACCAUAAACAAAGAGAGAACGCGUCUUUUGCUGUCUU